GUCGUCGAUUCAUGAAGCCAUUACGUUGCGCAGUUUAGUCAAGGAAAACUUACUAUUUUACGUAUUCUACGCACUUUUAAAAUACUUUCCUGAAGAUCCAAAUCUAGAAUAUUAUGGCAUCACAGGCAAAGAAGAGAAAAAUGAAUUUCUCAGAAAGGGAGGUGGAAAUAAUCGUGGAGGAGAUGGAAAAGCAAAAGCACAUUUUGGUGAGCCACUUCAACGCUGGUGUCACUCACAUCGCUAAAAAUAACGCUUGGAUGGAGAUUCUGAAACGUGUGAACGCUGUAACUAACUGUCAGCGAGAACUCGCCGAGGUGAAGAAGAAAUGGUCUGAUUUGAAAACCGAGGUUCGUCGCAAAGUGGCGCAGGCUCGUGCAGCAAUAGAGGACACUGGAGACUGCACCACGGUACCGGUUAUUCUUACUGCCAUGCAACAGCGAAUCUGUAACCUGCUGGGGGAAGCCACCAUCAUCAGCCUGCCUGUAGGAGACUCGGGAGAGCCGUGUGCGGAGAUUGCGGUGCCGGUGCCCAUUAGCACGCCUACUACUACCGUUACGCUAACGCAGACAGGUAUUCAGCCGACACCUGGUACCGCCUGUGAAAUGAAAACUCUAGAAGUAGCUGAGACCACGUACCACGCUUUGGAGGAGGGCAUGGUAGAGUACUGCACAGCAGAGACACCGGUCACUGUUACGAAUGAAGCCCCUGUGGAGGUUUUGGCAGCACAGGCUGAGUGCUCAGUAAAGCCACAGGAGCUGAAGAACCGCAUUGCACUGAACUCUGCCAAGCUGUUGCAGGAGCAGCGUGUCACCAACCUGCAUGUGCGUGAAAUUGCCCAGCACUUGGAGAACCAGAACGACCUGCUGCAGAUGAUCCGCCGCUCACAGGAGGCACAGGCCUGUGCCCAGGAGAGACAAGCACAAGCCCUCGAAGGUACACAAGCCACCCUUCUUGCCCUCAUCCAGAUGUUCAAGCCUGCUCUGAAGGACUUGAGAAAGUUCCUGCAAAACGCUAACAAUGCUAAUGUGACGGGAGGCAUUGAGACUGGUGAGGGGGUGGUGAAUGUGCCACAGCAAGUGGAAGAUGGACAGUAGAUUGGCAUGUGUUUGUAUUUUAGGGAGUGUGUGUGUAUGUGUGUGUAUUGAAAUAUCCUUGAUAUUGUCUUAUGUUCUGCUUUCCAUGAGAGUAUUGUGUAUCGGUGGUUUUCAAAGUGUGGUCAUGGAACUAUAGCCAGGAGGUCCAUGUUUUAUUUGUUACAGUGGUGGAAAUAUAGUCCACAAUUAUCAAAAUCAUUAGACUUUUUAUUGAGUUUCGAUAGUUGUUAGCAUUUUGACUGGUCACUUGAAUUGAAUGGGUUUAAUCCAAAGCUCAGUAACUAAAUGCUGAUGAAAUAAAUCUGUCCUGAGGUGGUCCAUGAAAUUUAUUUUACAGUGUCUGAGGUCCCUGGCUCCUAAAGGAUUGAGAACCAUUGCUGUAUGUUACAUUAAUGGAGAAUUUAUGAAUGAUGCCGAAAUACUUUUUCUUAGGUUUUUUUUUCUUUUUACAAUUAUAUAUAAAUUAACCUUCUAUUUCUGAAUUAAUUUUGUAUGUAAGAAUGAGCUUCCACUAAAUCAGCAAGGCCUCUGUCAUUACAAGUCAAUAAACAUGACAAUGUCAA